GCACUAUUGCCGUAUGGGGGCCAAGGAAAAAGCACCUCCUCAUUUGAAACGUAGGCCAAAAAAACAAGAAUGGUGAAACUCCACGAAAUAAAGCAGCAUUUACAGAAAUUACAGUGAGCUGUACCUGCAAUUACACCAUCUUCCAUCGCAUCAUCAAGCUCUCCUCGCAUCACUCACUGCCUUUGGAUUGAGGGUUCAACAUGAAGUUGAACUGAAAUUGUAAUCCGAAAUCCGGGCUCAAGAAUUUUGUGAAAGUUUCGGCAAUUCACACUAUUCUUAAGAUUUAGUCAUGUCUGAGUGUGUCCAGUGUGCUUCUAUUAUAGCAAAUCGAUAUAGCGCCACUCGAGUUCUAAAAUUAGGUCUAAUUCAAUGUAGUUGGGACAACAAACCAGUUAUUUUGCCAUCAGAAAGACUUACUAGGCACAACGAUUGGUCUGUUAUGGAAAAACUAUGGAAAAGCAAAGUCAUAAGGAUAUUCAGGCAUGAGAGGCUUUUUACGGAUCAGAGAGUUUCGACGAAACUGGGCGUGUUUGGCUCAAAUGCUUAUGAUUUUAGUUCCAGGUCGAGGUUGAAAGAGGGAAGGGAUGAGCAUUUAGAAUUUGAUUUGCAAAAUAGUGAAGAGAACCACGAAGAGUUAAAGUUGGGUUUCAUCAGUGAAAAAGAAGCUUCUGAUAAUCUGAGGACUCGUGAUAGCUUGAAUGGUGAAUUUGGGGUACUGAAUUUUGAUGAACCUUUACUGGAGGAAAGUAAAGGCAGGGUACCACAAACUGGGGAUUUUAUGGCUAGAGAAGGCAAUGGUGAAAAUGACAAUUUGGAGUUGACGGAUGACCAAGAUGAGGACCUUCUACAGCCUAAGUCAAAGCCAAAACAUAAGCCAAAGGCUAAGCCGGAAUCUAGGAGUAGAAAGCAGUUAAUGAAGAGAUCGAGUAUUAUUGCAAAGCAAGUGAUCGGAAUUGAGUCAGCUUCCAGUUUGGGAUUUGUCUCGCAGCUGUGGGUUGACACUGCAACUUGGGUAGUACUGGAGGUAGAAGUCAGGCCAAACUUGCUUUCUUCUGAGUCAGGAAGAUUUCUUCUUGAAGAUAUUAAUAAGGUUGGUGAUGUAGUGCUUGUGCAGGAGGAGAAUUAUGCGCUGAAUGAUUUUAGAACGGUUGGACUGGAGACCUUGGUAGGGUAUAAUGUUGUAACACCUGGACAAAGAAAUUUGGGAAAGGUUCGUGGAUUCACGUUCAACAUCAACUCUGGCACUGUGGAGUCCCUUGAGCUUGAUGCGUUUGGGUACUCAAUUAUUCCAUCAAAUCUGGUGAGUACUUAUGCCUUGUUCACUGAAGAUGUACUAGAGGUAAAUUCUGACAUCAUCAUAGUGCACGAAGCAGCAGCCUCACGUAUUCAAAGAUUAACCAAGGGCUUCUUGGGCACGAAGAACACAGAGACUUCAAGUAUUAAGCUGAAAUACCGUGAUAUAGAAGAAGAAUAUACUCAACCUGUUAAAGGUCGAAAAUCAAGGAGGAAGUCGAGUAAGCGGAAAAUUUACCGAGGAACUAGGGAUCUGGGUGAUGAAUUUGAGCUCCCUAUGGAUUACAUGUAGUAAAUAGUGAUAUUGCACUUCCUUCCCUUGUCUAGUAAAUAUUUCAUACCACUAGCUUUAGCUGGUUCUAUUUGUUAUACAACUACAUCAUAUUAUAACAUCGACGUGAUAAUGUAUUUCAGGGAUUAUUCUUUUGUAAAUUGUAGCUCGUGAUCAUGUAAUGCAUCUAUUAUUUAUAUCAAGUUGAUCUAUUCUAAAGGAUUA